UGCAAAGUGCCCGUAUUCAGAUGAAAAUCCACAAAUAAUUAACAGAAAUAAGAAAAAUAAUUUUUAAGCAAAAUAUCUUUUAAUCAAUCUAAUUUUUAACACCUUUCUUAUCUUUCCUCAACAAUAUCAUCUCAGUGUUUGUGUUAACAUAUCUACACACAAUCAUUUACGGUACACUAUACACACACGCUCAUCUGUACAUAGUAAUUUGAUUCUGUGUUUUUGUGUGUAAAUUAUCUGGCGACACCGUAACUCAGCAAAUUUAAGUAACUUUUCAUCAUUCUGCUUCCUCUGCUUCUGCUGUUGCUUCCAAAUGACUACAGCUAAAAUCGCUAAGAGUCUCUUCCCCGCCACCGUGCCUUGGUAUUCAUCGAAGAUGAUUCAUUGGUCGUUGAUUGUGAGCUUUAUGGGCGUAUUGGUUGCUGCAUUGGGCGCUUACUGCGGCUGGUUUCUGUUUCCCAAUAUGGUCGAUAAAAAGGUGGAAGAGAGUGUUAUAAUUGCUGAUGGCUCUGAGCAAUAUAAGCGUUUCGUUCAACUCCCUCAACCGUUAACCUUCAAAGUGUACAUUUUCAAUGUAACCAAUGCGCAGCGAAUACAACAAGGUGCCAUACCGAUCGUGGAGGAGAUAGGACCAUAUGUUUAUAGACAGUAUCGUCGCAAAAAGGUGAAACACUUCUCACGCGAUGGCUCAAAGAUUAGCUACGUGCAGGAUCAACAUUUCGAAUUCGAUGAGGAGGCAUCCGCGCCGUAUACGCAGUCUGAUCGGAUUGUGGUACUCAAUAUGCAUAUGAAUGCAUUUUUACAAGUAUUCGAAAGAGAAAUUACAGAUAUCUUUCAGGGUUUCGCGAAUAGAUUAAAUCACAGGCUCAACCGCACACCAGGCGUUCGUGUUUUGAAACGUCUGAUGGAUCGCAUACGUGGGAAACGUAAAUCGGUUUUGACCAUCGCCGAAAAUGAUCCGGGCUUGGCUCUGCUGCUGGUGCAUCUCAACGCCAAUCUAAAGGCCGUCUUCAAUGAUCCCAAAUCAAUGUUUCUCGAUACCACCGUACGUGAGUUCCUCUUUGACGGCGUACGCUUCUGCAUUAAUCCCAAUGGUAUUGCUAAGGCUAUUUGUAAUCAAAUCAAAGAGGGUGGCUCCAAAACGAUACGCGAACUGAGUGAUGGCAGUUUGGCAUUCUCAUUCUUCAAUCAUAAAAACGGCACCGGCAAGGAGGUAUAUGAAGUGCAUACCGGCAAGGGUGAUGCCCAGCGUGUGUUGGAAAUACAAAAACUAGACGAUUCUCAUAAUCUGCAAGUAUGGUUGAAUGGUUCUGAGGGCGAGACUUCCAUGUGCAAUCAAAUUAAUGGCACCGAUGCAUCUUCAUAUCCACCAUUUCGUAAACGUGGCGACUCUAUGUAUAUCUUUAGCGCAGAUAUUUGUCGUUCGGUCGAGUUGUUCUAUCAGAGUGAUAUACAAUAUCAGGGCAUACCCGGUUUUCGCUAUUCAAUUGGUGAGAAUUUCAUCAACGACAUAGGACCGGAACAUGAUAAUGAGUGCUUUUGCGUGGAUAAACUGGCGAAUGUGAUAAAACGGAAGAAUGGUUGUCUGUAUGCCGGCGCUUUGGAUCUCACAACGUGUUUGGAUGCACCGGUCAUAUUAACAUUGCCACAUAUGUUGGGCGCCUCCAAUGAAUACACAAAAAUGAUACGAGGACUCAGACCGGAUGCGAAAAAGCAUCAGACCUUUGUGGAUGUACAACAUCUCACUGGUACACCACUGCAAGGUGGAAAACGCGUGCAAUUCAACAUGUUCUUAAAAAGCAUUAAUCGUAUCGCAAUAACCGAAAAUCUAACAACAGUGCUGAUGCCGGCCAUUUGGGUUGAGGAGGGUAUACAACUUAAUAGUGAAAUGGUGGCAUUCUUCAAAAAGAAACUCAUCAAUUCACUCAAAACAUUGAAUAUAAUUCAUUGGGCGUCGAUAUGCGGCGGUAUCGGCGUGGCGGCUAUAUGUCUGAUAUAUUACGUUAUACAACGUCGAAAGCCGGUAGCGGAAGUUGCGCCGCUAAAAUAAGUAGUUUUUCUAGAGAUCAGCUAAAGUUUAUUAACAAUAAUAAUGAUAAUAACGAUACUUUGUUAACAAAAGUACAGUUUAUUGUUUUUUAUAAUAUUAUACAUAUGUUUAGUUUAAUUUUAUCUCACCUUAAUUUAUACUUUUUACGUAUUAUUGCUAUUAAUUUUAAGCUCUUUCGUUAAACAUAUGCAUAUAUGCACGUACAUACAUACGUGUACAUUGCAUGUAUCAAUUUGUAUCACUUAAAAUGUAUUUAUACAUGUACAUAUAUACACACUCGUAUAUUUUUGUAAAUAUUUCAAAGCAUUAUUAUAAAUGUGAUUGUAACAUAUUGUGAUUUAGUAUGUUAUAAACUA